GAGCUGGCAGUAGGAAACAUUAUUCUCUCAGGCUUUCAACCCAGUCUGUACUCCUGAGCAGUGUCCCGCUGCGCUUUUUGCUGUUGUGGCCAUCAUGCCUGGCUCAGACCGCAUCGAAUCGAACAUGGGGGUGACCAUAGAGCCCUCGGACAUUAACAAAGAGGAUGUCACACAGAUUGAGAGGGUCAUGUCUGGUGGUAGUGAAAUCAAAAAGGAAGUCAUCGACUAUGAUCGUAUCGACACUGAUGUCGCACGAUACGCCUCUGCCGCGCCCAUUGAAAUCUCCGAGGCUGAAAACAAACGUCUGAGACGCAUGAUUGACAUGCGUGUACUGGCCAUCAUGGUUCCCACUUACUUCCUGCAAGCCCUCGAUAAAGGAACCAUGUCUUUUGCCUCCAUCAUGGGCAUCAGAAAAGACCUUCAUCUCCACAGUCAGCAGUAUUCUUGGUUGACCACGUGUAUCUAUAUCGCCGUCCUGAUUGUCGAAUAUCCCACCAACUGGACUCUGCAAAGAGUUCCCAUUGCCAAAUAUCUCAGCUUGAGUAUCUGCUUGUGGGGCGCAGUCCUUGCACUGCAUGCUGUGGCCAAGGACUUUGCAACCCUGGUUGCGCUGAGAACAUUGCUCGGCAUUUUUGAAGCUGUCUGUCAGCCCGCCUUCCUGAUUCUCAGCAGCAUGUGGUAUAGAAGGGACGAGCAGGCCGAAACAGUCACAUAUUGGUACAUGAUGAAUGGUGGCCAGCAAAUUGUGGGCGGCCUAUUGGCCUAUUGUUUCACGCUCAUCAAGUCGGGCCCUCUCAAGUCAUGGCAGGCCAUUUUCAUCACUUACGGUUGCUUUUCAGUGCUCUGGGGCUUGUUUGUCGGAUGGUGGAUGCCUGACUCACCGAUGAAAGCAAAGUGUUUCUCCGAAGAGGACAAGAAACUCAUGGUCGAGCGAGUCCGAAGCAACCAGACUGGACUGCAGAACAAGACCUUUCGACGCGAACAGGUCAAAGAAGCUUUCCUUGACCCUCAGACAUAUUGCUAUUGCCUCAUCGCCAUAUGCACGACUUUGCCCACGUCGGGCUUAGGGGCAUUCGCCAAUAUCAUCAUCACCGGCUUCCACUUUACCAUCCUCCAGACGCAGCUCCUUGCUAUGGUGCUAGGCGCCGUUAUCAUCUUAAUCCUGUUGGGAUCGACCUGGCUGAUCAAGAAAACCGGCCAAAAUUGUGUGGUGAUGGGAGUUUUUGUCAUUCCCUCUUUCGUUGGCACGAUUGUUCUCAUGACCGUCGAAAACAAGAACACAGCCACCAAAGCCGGGUUGCUGAUCAGCUACUACAUUGUCCUCUCGUUCUGGGCGGCACAGACUGUGGCAAUGAGCAUGAUCUCCCGUAACGUUGGGGGUCAGACCAAGAAGACUGUAGUCGUGUCGAUGAACUUCGUUUCUUGGUGUGCUGGAAACGCCGUUGGUCCUCAAGUCUUCCUGUCUUACGAUGCACCACGAUACUUCAUCGCUUUUGCAACUCAUAUGGGGUGCUAUGCACUCUUGGUUCUUGUUAUCGUAUUUCUUCGCUUCUACCUCCGACGUCAGAACCGUAAGAAGGACGAACUGGCGUUGGCUGGGAUUCACGAGGCGAAGGACGACCAAUAUCUGCAUGCGUUUGAGGAUCUGACGGACCGCGAGAAUCCGAACUUCAGAUACAUGUACUGA